UGGGACUAUCUCCUCAUCUUACUGCCCUCAUGGCAGGUGGACGGCCAUUAGGAAACAGCAGCAGCACAGGAGACACAGGUUUCAGCUGCUCACAGGAUUCAGGAACAGAUACAAUGCUUCUUGAAGAUUAUAGCUCAGAUGGCCCUCAUGCCCCACACUGCAUCUGUCCUCCUCGACGGAGGAGUUCAGUGACAUUUGAAGAUGAGGUAGAGCAAAUUAAAGAAGCUGCAAAGAAUUCUGUUCUUCAUGUAAAAGCCGAAGUCCAUAAAUCUCUGGACAGUUAUGCAACCAGUCUAGCAAGAGCUAUUGAAGCUGAUGUGAAACUGAGCUUGUUUGGGGAAGAUGCUUUACCAGGAGCCCUGUUCCCGGUGCGGACUCUGCCAGGAGGCAGCACGAACACACGGCGUGGUGCCAGGCCCCAUGCCAGCCAAAGACUGAAGUUGCAGAGCAUCGAUGAAGGGAAUAUCUGACACCAGCACUGGAGUAAGAAAAGAGAACAAAACCACUAAGCAGGACCUAUUGCAGCUGUUAGUGUUUCAACAGAACCAGGAUACCUUGUGGGAAUGUUUUCAGUGUUUCUUCAACAUUUGAAAGCCAGCUGAAUUUUGGCACUUGCAUCAGCAUUUUACAGUAGUGUUUGUUUACUGUUUAGGGUGCUAUUGACUUUUCUGUGCCAUGUCUUUAUCACACAGUUCAUAGGAAUGCAGGGUUUGGUUUCGCUGACCAGAUCAUUAGUCUGUUGAAUCUUGGGUCCAUUAUUGGCCAAAGCUGAUAAAGGAAAAAAGCAGGAAAAGUAUGUGCAGUGUUUUAAUUUAUUGUUGUAUUCAUCGUCUUCUGAACACCAGGAUAAUCAGUUGAUACUUGAUAGCUGGAGUGCUCUGAUAGGAGCUUGUACAUGGGAUACUACAUACAGCCUUACUGUCACAGACUCCUAGAUGAGGAGCAUGGACUUUACUGAGGGCAAAACCUGAAUUUUUCAGAAAGCUCACGCAGCUUAUAGUCCCACUUACCUUUUGCUGGGGGAUAUUUCUGUUUGUUCAGCCAUCAGAAUGGCACAUAAGAUCUGGCAGUGGAUUGUGCAUUGCUUCAGAGGUACGGAGCACCAGCCUCCCUGGAUAUAGUGGGUGGGAGCAGACCUGUGCUGGAAAAGCAUAAAGAUGGUAUUUGAGGAAAUCGUUAAUGCAGAAUUCUUAGUUUCUCUGAGAACUUCAGCUCACGUCCCUGGUUUUGCUUUUACUAAAAGGGCACUCUGUGGCUGUGCUAAGCUUGACAGAAUAUAAACAAGAUAUUGCCACUUCAUAUUCAGGAUUCAUCUUUUCUAGAGAGAAAAGAGUUGUUUGGUGUUUUGGUUUUUUUUAGUCAUGAGGGAAUGUAGUAUUUAAGCUAUACUUACCUCAGUGCUUCUAUUUCUUGGAGUAUUAAUUAAUCUCAAAAAUAAGAACAUUUGGCACUUAUAUUGCACUUUGCAUGUUCUUAAGCACUGUACAGACAUUACCUUGUUAGGCCUUUGUGAGAAGGUUGAUCAGCCCUGCUUGCCAAAGAAGGGGAACUCAGCACAGUCAAGCUGCUGGCAGUGAAACAGUCUGCAAAGGUGGAAAGGUUUGUUAUGAAAAGAAGGAUUAGGUGGAUCAUACAAGUAUAGCCAGCUUCAGGAACCUUUCUGUGCCUUCCUGGGCUACCCCCUUCUGUACUUUGGAGGGGUUACAGCCCUGCCUUACUGCAUAUUUCAAGGAGAGGGAAACAAAAGUGAGCAGGAUAAUUCCUUGGGGGUGGGCAGUGAGUAGCAAAUGGACUUAAAAGACCAAGGAUUUGCAUUUGUUUACUCUGUGUCUGCUCCCCUGUGCCUUCACCUUUCCCCAGAAGUGGCUUGUAUGAGGUUUUGCUGGAGAUUGUUUGGAAAUCAAGAGUAGGAUGUUUCCAUCUGAGCAAAAACUGGGUGUAGACUUGUUAAGUUUUGUCUUUGUGUGAGUUAUUCAGAGACACAGAAGUGUCGUGAGGCAGAGCCUCGGUCCAGUACUGUAUUUAGACAUCCUAUUUGUCUGUGUUCCUGACUCAGAAAUGUAUUUCAGCACAAGCUUAUGUCCAUCUCUGGACAAAGCAACUUGACUUUAUGAACUUGCCUGAGUCCCAUUAAGUUCCCAUGCAAAAUAUAACUGCAUACUUAAAAUUCA